UUUGCCGAUAGACGGUGAGUAUGAUUGUGGUGCUGCAAAUGUUUUAUAAGAUCAGGACCUUACAGAUUAAUUAUAGGUGCCUAGCAAGAAUGUAUAUUUUAGGUUGAAUAAUUUCUUUCCAUGCCAUUAAAAGCAGUCUAUUCCUGUAAAUACCCUCGAUUUAAUUAUUGUUAAUCUUUAUGGCUUCCAAUGUCAAUGGUUUAUGAUCGAUAAGACUUAUUUCAAAAGCAUGUGUUCCUAUAAGUGGGAAAGGUUCAUCCGAAUCAUGUUCUCAUUUAUGAUGCCACAUAUCGUAAUUUAAGGUUUUCCUGAAUUAAUCUUGUAUAGAAACCGUCGUUUAUUUAGAUGUUGAUUUACAGGUGAUUCAUUUAUUUAUUCAAUGCCUUAAUAAAAUUUCAACCUUUGAAGGAGUUACCGCCAAGAAAAAGGCGUACAACAUUUUUGAAUUCUGCUUAUUAUACUAUUCCGGUACUAUUUUAUUAUUUUGAAUUAAAUGUUUAUUCACAUCAGGUUUACAUGUUUUCACAUUAUAUCUGGAUGGGAAAAAUAUUUAUAGUGCCAUGGAUCCGUUUUUCAUCGAAAAGGAGCAAAUGAUAACGGUAACUAAUGCAAGUUAUCAAAAUGUCAAGCCUCUGGACGCUUCGUACGAUGAUUUGGUUGAAAUUAGCCGAUGCGUUCAUUUUGACGACUUCGAAGAGGCCGUCCGCUUUAAAAUGCUUGUGCCUCAACCACUUAUUUACCGCCACAAAAGCAAACUACCUUUGAAGGUGCUGUGGUUCGCUCCAGCUCACUGCAGCUCGGAGCACAAUUUCUACGGCAACGUCAGCUUCACCAUCAAGUGGGAGACCGUGCAACAGAAGCUGGGGCCGAACUUCUACCUUAUCGACCAGGAUAUUUGUAACGCAAGAAGUUUCACUCGUGUAGUCUUCACUAAACAGAACUAUGACGCAAUACUAGAAAAAGUUAAGCUUGAUUCACGGGGAUCACCCUUGAUGAGAUCAGAGUCUGGUUUCCGCUACGCUUCGUACUGCAUGAACAAUGUACGCCGGGGUCCCCACGAGCUGCAGAUCGCGAUCGAUGUUACUGAUGCUGACGCGAAAUGGCUUUACUUGAACUGCAAGCCUGUCGCCAACAACCAUUAUUACGUUAACAUCUCAAGUUACAAAGACCACAUCAGGCGGGAUGGAAUGCGAUCCAAAUUCAGUCCCCACUCAUGUUAUAAGUUCAAUUCUGCUCAGAACCGUGAGUGUCCAUACGCAUGGACUGUUCGAGAGAGUGAGAAGCGCAUCAAAGAGUUGUUAGGGCCCGAUGCUCCGACGACCCGUCUCAGAGUGGGACAAGUUGCAAAUUCCAACUUAAUUUCAACCCCUGCAGCAGCAGCGCCAACACUUUACGCGAACCAAAAUGACAGUGAUCCUGAAUUCAAAAAUUUCGUGAUAGCUAUUGUCUUGUUGGCAUGUUUUGCACUGACUUGUUUGAUUUUUGGGGGUAUUCCCGUCACGAAAACCCGUUGAGAUCAUCUGUCCUCGUGUGAAGGAGAUGAACAUCUCUCAAAUUUGUGUUAGGACUUCAAACGUUUUUUUUUUUUUUUGUUUUUGUAAAUUUAUAGUAUAGACUUAUGCCUAUAGCCUACUCAGAAAUCUCCAUGGUUUGAAUAUUUAAUAAUUAUUUUAUUGCAAUAAGGUAUGGAAAAUUGAAAAAUCAGCCGGUCAGAGAAGAUUUUUUUUACUUUUAUGCGCAUGUGGUAUGCAAGGAACUCAUUCGUUGAUACAUGUAUUUAUAAGUAGUAGUAAAUAUUUCUAUUUACAGCUAAAACAUUCCGGAGCAUCCAGCAUUAAUUUAUUAUGAAAACUAAAACAUUCUUCUUCUUUUAUGAUUAAAGCCCGCAACUUUCACCCGUUACUAGAUUGUAGUCGGAGCAUCAGCAAAUAUCUAAACGUGGUUCAAAUAAUAAAAUCACGUAUAUGAAAAUGUACUUGCACCUAGUUACUACGAAUAAAUUUUAUAGAUGACUUUUACCCAUUGCUGACGCUUGAUAUAUAUAACUCGUUCCAUAACAAAGAAACAACGUCAUUGCGCAAGGUUUAUUAAAGAUAUGUAUUUAUGGACGGGUUGAGGUCUCGUGGUACCCUACUUGUUGAAGAAGUUGUACCCAACGAUGAGUCGUGUAAGAUUUGUUCGAUAAUUUUGAUUCUAUAUUCUCUUUUAAUUUUCGUUCAUAUAGUCCGAUUUAUAUGAUAUUAUUCAGUA